CACACUCCUCUAUCGUCCAUGGUUCUAUCAGUCUCUCAUGGACUGCUGACCGUGUCGUGUGAGAGGUUUUCGCCACCGACUUAACAUGGUUAUCUAAAUAGAUAAGUCAGCUUUAAUUUUAAUCAAUAAUAAUUGUUUCUCAAGUGAGAGACUCAAACACAAUCUACAAAAAAUGAGGGUUGUUGCGCUAAUUAGUGGUGGCAAAGAUUCUUGUUUUAAUAUGAUGCAGUGUAUAGCUGCUGGCCAUGAAAUUGUGGCUGUAGCCAAUUUGUAUCCUGUUGAAAAAGAUGAUUUGGAUUCAUUCAUGUUUCAAACGGUAGGACAUCAAGGUGUCAAGUACAUUGCUCAAGCUAUGGGUUUGCCUAUAUAUCGUUAUCCAACAUUUGGUAAGGCCAAUUUGCAAGAGAAACAUUAUUAUCCCACAGAAAAUGAUGAAGUCGAAGAUUUGUUUAAGCUUUUAAGUACAGUAAAGGAACGUGAAAAUAUAGAGGCUGUGUCAAGUGGUGCUAUUCUUAGUGAUUAUCAACGAAUUCGUGUGGAAAAUGUGUGCAGUCGGUUAGGUCUUAUUUCUUUAUCAUAUUUGUGGAGACGAGACCAGGAGGAGCUGUUAAAUGAAAUGAUACAGAGUUCUAUUAACGCAGUAUUGAUCAAAGUUGCAGCUUUGGGUCUCGAAACUAAGCACUUGGGUAAAUCUAUAUCCGAAAUGCAACCUCAUCUUGUUAAGAUAAAAGAAAAAUAUGGAGUGAACAUGUGUGGAGAAGGAGGGGAAUAUGAAACCUUUACUUUAGAUUGCCCUUUGUUCGCCAAAAGUAUUGUAAUUGACGAGUAUGAGAGUGUUGUAAAUUCGAGGGACGAUGUGGCGCCUGUAGGAUAUCUUAGAUUUACAAAGAUUCAUUUGCAAAAUAAAGACAAUGGAGAGCUGGAGAAAUUAAGCUUGGCUGAAAGAUUGAAAACUGUUUCGAUAAAAUCACCACAGGAUUACAUUGCCGAAAUCAUCGGUCCGGAACUGCAUGAUGGCUGCAAUUUAUCAGAGGACGAAAAUGACGAGCACGCGUGUGAAAGUAAUAGUCUAAAAGCAUCAAACUCAGGUCAAUUUCAUCCCCCAAGUCCAAUGGAGAUUCUGUACGAAGAGGAAGAUUAUCCGGACACGCCGACUGUUAAUAGAAAUCAACUGGGAUGGUUCUGGUUUGGCGGUGUUGUAGGGAAACAUCCGGAUCUCAUACCGGCGGUCGAAGAGGCACUGGAGAAAUUAAGCACUCUGGUUCAAAACGAAAACCUGUCCACGUCCGACAUCGUCGCUGUAACAUUGUACAUAAAAGAUAUGUCGAAUUACAAAACCAUAAACGAAGCAUAUGUUUCCUGGUUGGGUAAAAAAAGUCCGCCUGUUCGCGUGUGCGUGGAAUGUCCUCUGAAUGUACACAUCGCGCUUGACGCGACAGCGUAUAAGGAGAGCCAAGAGUGCGGCGAUAAGUGGACCUGUAAGCGACACACAAUGCACGUCCAGAGCAUAAGCCAUUGGGCACCCGCCAACAUCGGUCCUUAUUCUCAGGCUGUUCGUGUAGGUGAUGUUAUCUUCGUCGCUGGGCAAAUACCUUUGGUGCCUGGCAAUAUGAAUCUUCUAGAUAUGAACAUUAAACGACAGUGCCGUUUAACAUUGAGGCAUAUUGAUCGCAUAGUUAAGGCUAUGGAUGCGAAACUUCGAGAUAUAGUACAAGGUAUCUGUUUCCUGACUCAUUCUAGUUACAUAGCGGAUGCGAGAAAAGAGUGGGAAAGGAGGACAAGAAAUGCCAUUGUAGAUUACAUCGUUGUACCAAAUUUGCCACGUAGUGCGCAAGUCGAAUGGUGUGUUUGGGCCCAUAGGGAUAAUAACAGAUUCGAAUACGAAGAAACGGGAAAACGCGUGGCUAAUUUUAGGAUAGCCAUCACGCGUAGGUGGAAUUACGAAAAUAAUGUAUCGGCGAUUGUAUGUUAUAUGUCCACCGGUUCGUCCAAUUCGACAGGUAAUUUGGCAACGGAAGCAAGCUCCACGGAAGUGAAAUUCACGGAGCUGAAUGCGAACGAACUGUCGGAGGCUUUCGAAUAUCUAUUGUGUAAACUCAGGAAAGGUUCACAAAGCGCAAAUCCGACAUGUAAUUUACGAAUAUUUUACAAAGUUGGCAGCUUUCCGGGUCCGAAUUUUCUCCACAACGUCCUAUCGAAGUUUUCUACGCAGAAUUUAGUGAUCACCAUUAUACCGGCUACUCACUUACAUAACUUCAAUACUUUGUUAUCUAUAUAUGGUAUUAGGCACGAGUAAAUAAUCAAAUUGAUUUUUUACACUGUCAAUUACUCGUCGGGAUCGAAACGCGCGUUCGGAGGGGGAAAAAAAUUGAAACCGUUGCUGGAAAAAUGACAUAUUAGCAAAAAACUGUCUCGAAAGAAGAAAAUACAUUUGAAGUUUUUGCCUUAUAGAAGAUACACAGAGGCAACUAUAAUCCAAUUGUCAGUGAAUAAUUAGGAUUGAAACGAUAAAUGUAUUUUUCUUUUAAUUAUAUGUUUGCUUAUACGUUCUACAGCCAGAGCUUCAAUUUUUUUGACGAUUACAAAUUAUACACGGCUCGAAGAAAUAAAGUAAAAAAAAAGAGUUACAAUGGCACCAAAGUAUGCACCAUUAUGUUUUCUUACGUGCGCAAAUAAAACGCUAUUUUGCUUCAUCGCGAUGUACCGGUGGGUCUUACUCGGGUACUUCUCGCGUUUCGUAUGCGAGAGACACGGCUGUUCGCUCGACAUUUAAAUGAUGAUGUAGUUGCGUCGUGCUGUUCCUUUUAGCUGCAUUUUUGCGCAUCUUGCGAUUUAUCUCUUCGAAUUCUGAGAAUACGCUCCUUUCUUAAAGAGCAUAGAAACAGCAACAAAGUGCAGCUGAAAAGAACAGAUUCUAUACCUUGUAUAUCGAGUAUUACUAGUCAAUGACGGGUUAAGUGCAAUUCUGAGCGGUGAGCCCGUCCCCACUUAGCGCGUAAGUGCUCUUUAACAACGCGAUUGAAUAUUAGGUAUAAUAAUACUCGUAAUACGUACGACCUGUACUGUUGUUACGCUACGAUGUUUCGUUUUCUUUCUUUUCUUUUUGCUCAAAGUAUGCGUUACUUUACGAUAUUGCAAUCAUGUGCGGAAUGUUAAUUAACGUGUGUGACGUUUCUCUAGGCAAGUUAAUUCGUGCACAGCCAUUUUACAAUAGCAUUCGACGUUUAUUCGAAUUUUCAAUAAGAAAAAGAAGAAAAGAGACGUAUCGUGAGGAAGAAAUUUGUAAAACAUCAUGUGCAUGUGUUUUCGGUAUGAUUCGAUACGAUGAUGUUUAAUUGUGAUACAAUUGCAACGCUGAGCACACGUGGAGCGUACAUGUUCUUCUUCAUGAUCAUGGUCGUUGCUCUCAAUAAUGCUGCCUGUAUCGCUAUAUAUAAUUGCGUUUAUCGAUCGUUGUUUCCUAUCAUUGGAAACGACAUCUCUCUCUCUCGCAGUUCAGAGAGACCGAAAAAGAAACCCAAAAUUUGUAAGAACUAUACACUCACUUUUAAAAAGAUGCGCGGCAAUUUCGCAUUUUCUGCGCAUACGUCACUUGCUUUAGAAGUAUCUUGUACAGAUUGCAUUAUAAUACGAAUUAUAUAUAAUAAGACUACGCUAACGUAAUAUUAUACAAGGUUGAUGCAACGACAUGCCAAAGUUUAUAUUUUGCAACUUGCUCAUUUUUUAAACGGUCGCAAUUACUAUCGUUAUUCUAUAUGUGUACAUAAAUGCAAUGUAAUCUAACACAUGAUCUUAUAUAAAUUAUACUGUAAUUGAUCCGACAGCGAAGAGAGAGAAAGAGCGCACUGUUCAAAAUGUGGAUAACUGCGUUAUGGAUAAGUAUGUAAAAAGAAAACACACAAAAAAAAGAGAUAUUUAUUCGCAUCUAACUCUCACAACAAAACUAAUCCGAGGAUUGUCUCAAAAAGAAAAAUAAAGAGAAUGAUAUAUAUUUUUAAGAAA